AUCCCCAUAACCAUAUACUUAUAGGACAAUUGUUUAGAAAUGCAUAUCCUUAAGUUGCCCUGGUUUGGUCACAAAGCGGAUAACAAACAAGUGGGAUGUUAUACAAUUGCAAUUAGUCCUGAUGGAACAAGGCUUGCAUCUGGGGGGUUAGAUGGGAAUGUUAAAAUUUGGGAUCCUAAACUGGCACUUCAAUACGUUGAUGAAACUACGUCCCUGACCUCCACAAACAAAAGAAAGAAACCAAAUCAACCGGAGAAAAGUGUGCCCAAGAAACUUGUAGCUGAGUGUAGAGCACUCUGUACAAUGAGUAGGCAUAACGGUGCAGUUACAUGUGUAAAGUUUUCUCCCAAUGGACGAUUUCUUGCCACUGGUUCAGAUGAUAAAAUUGUAUUGAUAUGGGAAAAGGAUGAAGAACAAGGAAAUAGACCAAAACAGUUUGGAGAUACAGAAGCAGACUUGGAGCAUUGGACUGUGAGGAAGAGACUUGUGGCGCAUGAUAAUGAUGUCCAAGACAUUGCAUGGUCUCCCGAUGGGGCUCUUUUGGUUACCGUUGGUCUUGAUAGACUGAUUAUAAUAUGGAGUGGAAAUACAUUCGAAAGAAUUAAAAGGUAUGAUAUACAUCAGUCUAUGGUGAAGGGGAUUGUUUUUGAUCCAGCAAAUAAAUUCUUUGCCACGGCAUCAGAUGAUAGAUCUGUUAGAAUCUUCCGUUAUUAUAGGAAACAUCCACUGAGUGGAGAACACGAAUUCCAGAUGGAACAUACAGUUGUGGAACCAUUCAAAAAAUCUCCAUUAACUUCAUAUUUCCGUCGUAUGUCAUGGUCCCCAGAUGGUCAACAUAUUGCAGUUCCCAAUGCCACCAAUGGACCAGUCACCUCUGUGGCUAUCAUAAAUAGAGGACUGUGGGUCACGGAUAUAUCACUCAUUGGCCAUGAAGCACCUUGUGAAGUAUGUUCAUUUGCACCUAGACUUUUCCAAAAUAAAAAGGGCUCUAAGGAUAACUUUGCCACUAUAUUGGCCACUGGUGGACAGGACCUUGCAUUGGUUAUAUGGAGUACUGCUGCUAGUAAGCCACUCUUAGUAGCGUCUGACAUUGUGAAAGAUUCAAUCACAGAUAUAUGCUGGACUCCUGAUGGCAAAACCUUAUUUGUCAGUUGUCUUGAUGGUUCUAUAACCUGUGUGGACUUUGCCAAAGAAGAAUUGGGAUAUGUUGUGGCCGAGGAUAUAAAUGAUUUACAAUUGAAUCGAUAUGGAACAGAUCGAGAGUCAACUGUAUUUGCAGAGAAUAUACAGCAAUUGGAACUUGAAGAAAAGGCAAUUGCAAGAGAAGUUGAGGAAGAUCAGAAAGUGGAAGAAGUAUUAAUACAAGAAAGGAAGGGUAAAGUAAGAGUACCAGAGAUUACCACCAAUAUUGUGGGUCCUACUCCUACUGCUGCUGCUGCAAUUGCAAAACCAAUUAACGGUACAAGUAGUAAUAAACCAAAUCAACUUACAAAAUUAACUCAAAAUGUCACCGUUACCAAAGAUGGGAAAAAGAGAGUUGCACCACUUUUGGUGUCAUCAGCUCGACCUUCAUCCGCACCAGUCUCAUUAACUUCGACAUCUUCUUCGUCUCUGGGAUUGUCUAGUAGUAUGAGAAGAUUCCAAAUGACCUCUAAGUUGUCAAGAACGUCGUAUAUACUUCCUAGAAUAGGGUUACAAACCACUGUACAGGGACUUAAGUCCAGAAAUGUGCCAAACUCUUUGCAUCAACCACUUGACGAAAAUAAUGAAGAUAAUGAUAACGAUAAUGAAGAUAUGGGUAUUAUGGAAGAUAAUGUUGGGGGUGAAUCCAAUAACGGAGCUCUAGUUUCCGAAUCGACUCUUCGGAAACAUCGUAACAAGCUUAAGAGACAGGUUAUGGAGGAACGAUACCCUUCAUACUUCAAACUUGUCUCUAAUAUCCCUGAAGUUCUAUUCCAUCACCCCAAUGUUAUUAACGCCACCAUUGGUAAGACUUCCACUGCUGCUGAUAUCCCAAUAGAUAUGAAUAUUGCAAGUACAUAUGAUACUUCUGAUGAAGAUUUGGUGUUUUCAGUAUUAGUUAAUGGAGUAACCUCGCAAACCAUUAACAUUGAAGGAGGGGACAAAAAACCUGUAACAACUACAAUUGAAAUCAGAAAUUGUCCGUCUUGGAAUUCAGAAGAUGACGAAUUUCUUGAUUACAUUCAUAAUGAUCGGAUUGAUUUCCAAGACCCUACUAUGGUUAUUGUUAGUAAUGACAGAAGUGAUGAAAUGAGGCAGUAUUCCUUGUACUUCCCAUUUAAGAUUCAACAUUCUGUUCCAAUAGUAUUAAGGGGAGUACUUCGAUACUAUGGAUUGAUCUCAUUUUCGGGAACACUUCAAUUUAUCCGUGCUGACACGGGAACAAUUGCCAGUCCUAGCAUUGAAUUGGGGGCCAAUGCAGUUGUGAUACGCCAAAGUGGUGAAUAUUUCACUUGUGUCACAAGCGAUGGGUUGAUAUAUGGAUGGAAACUUCCCAGCCAAGUGUAUGAACCAAUUCGGGGAUCUCUUAGGGGAGUUCCACUUGCAUCUAUUUGGAAUGGCGAGACUACCAUUGAAGGGAGUACUAACAAUAAGAGAAAUGGUGGGGAUAUAUCUUAUGCAUCCAUACCGAAUAUUCGGGCAUUUGAAGUUGAUCCGGAAACAGGAACACCAUAUGUUAUGUUUGAAGGACCAGGUGAUGUUUUUUGUUAUUCAAUGGAUAUGAUGUGCUGGACGACUUGCAUUGAUUCAUGGUACUUUCAAGGAGCUGGAUUACAAGAUGACGAAUGGAUAUUCAAAUGUAAGUCUGCCUUUAUCAAGAGGUUGCUCUUAAAAGCACAUGGAUCAUACAAAAGCAUGGCUAAACGCGGGAAUAAAAAGGUUUAUGAGGGAGAAUUUCCUGAAUUGAUGAAGAUAAUGAGAGUUAGACACCAGGAAUUAAUAGAUAUGUAAGAAGAAUAAACAUA